ACGACCGUUCUCCGAGGCUGUAGUUGCAGUCUGAGAUAGAAAGAUGUGAACGCUUUCCUCGUGGACAAGAAGAGGCCUUUCUUCCAGCUUGCCGAUGGCCAAAGCUAUGAACCUUAAAAUGUCAUGAUGGCUUGCCUUACGAUGACAGAAAUGGAAGGCCCGGCCUCAUCUACACUUCACCAGAAUGGUGGCGUCCUUGGGAAUAUGGCUGUUUCCACACAUGCAGAGCCACUGCUUCGAGUUUACUUAUAUCAUUCCCAAGGAAAGAUGGACGGCGAUUACCUACAGUUUCCAGCAGGAGAGUACGUUGCAGAAGAGAUCUGUGUCGCUGCUUGUAAAGCCUGUGGCAUCUUGCCGGUGUACCAUAACAUGUUUGCACUAAUGAAUCAGACGGACAGAUGUUGGUAUCCUCCAAACCACACCUUCCAAGUAGAGGGAUCAGCCAGUCUCACUGUUCUCUACCGGAUAAGGUUUUAUUUCCCACACUGGUAUUGUAACAGCAAUGUGCGAGCAUUUCGGUACGGUGUUUCCCGAGGUGCAGAGAGUCCUGUCCUUGAUGACAUUGUGAUGUCUUAUUUGUUUGCUCAGUGGCGGGAAGACUUUGUCCAUGGGUGGGUGAAGAUGCCUGUCACUCAUGAAACACAAGAAGAAUGUCUUGGCAUGGCUGUUCUUGAUAUGAUGAGGAUGGCCAAAGAAAAGGACCAAACUCCACUGGGCAUCUACAAUUCUAUGAGCUACAAGAUGUUUUUGCCAAAAUGCAUCAGGGAAAAAAUCCAGGAUUACCACAUUCUGACACGAAAGAGGAUAAGAUACAGGUUCCGCAGAUUCAUCCAGCAGUUUGGCCAGUGCAAAGCAACCGCCAGAAACUUGAAACUGAAAUAUCUCAUAAAUCUGGAGACCCUCCAGUCUGCCUUUUAUUCAGAAGUGUUUGAAGUAAAGGAGCCCGGCAGAGAGCCUUCGGGUGAAGAAAGUUUUGCAACGAUUGUUAUAUCCGGAAAUGGUGGAAUUCAGUGCUCAAGAGGGAAGCAUAAAGAUAGUGAGACACUGGCAGAACAGGAAAUACAGACCUAUUGCGAUUUUCCCGACAUUAUCGAUGUCAGUAUUAAGCAAGCAAGCCAGGAAGGUUCUGGCGAGAAUAGAAUUGUAACCAUUCACAAGCAAGACAGCAAGAAUUUGGAAGCUGAAUUUCAUUCAUUAAGAGAGGCUCUUUCUUUCGUGUCAUUGAUUGAUGGAUACUACAGAUUAACCGCAGAUGCCCAUCAUUUCCUCUGUAAAGAAGUAGCACCCCCUUCCAUCAUUGAGAAUAUUCAGAGCAACUGCCAUGGGCCGAUUUCCAUGGACUUCGCAGUCAAUAAACUGAAGAGAGCUGGCAAUCAGACGGGCUAUUACGUCCUUCGUUGCAGUCCAAAGGAGUUCAGGAAAUACUUUCUUACCUUUGCAGUGCAGCGGGACAGUACCACGGACUAUAAGCAUUGCUUGAUCACAAAAAAUGAGAAUGGCGAAUAUAAUCUCACCGGAACGAGAAGAAGUUUUUCAAACCUCAUGGAUCUCUUGAACUGUUACCGGACAGAAACUGUCCGGUCAGACAGUAUAAUUUUUCAGUUUACCAGGUGUUGCCCUCCAAAGCCAAAAGAUAAGUCCAACCUCCUUGUCUUCAGGAGCAAUGGAAUUUCUGACUUGCCAUCAUCGCCCACCAUGCAGAGGCAUAAUAACGUUAACCAGAUGGUCUUUCACAAAAUCCGGAAUGAGGACCUGAUCUUUAACGAAAGCCUGGGCCAGGGCACCUUCACUAAAAUUUUCAAAGGUGUGAGGAAAGAAGUGGGCGACUAUGGCAAGCUGCAUCAGACCGAAGUGCUGCUCAAAGUCCUGGAUAAAGUGCACAGGAAUUAUUCUGAGUCUUUCUACGAAGCAGCAAGCAUGAUGAGCCAGCUUUCCUACAAGCACUUGGUAUUAAAUUAUGGAGUUUGUGUCUACGGAGAAGAAAAUAUUCUGGUACAGGAAUAUGUAAAAUUUGGGUCAUUGGAUACUUAUUUGAAGAAGAAUAAAAAUUCUAUAAACAUCUUGUGGAAGCUGGAAGUUGCAAAGCAGCUGGCAAUGGCAAUGCAUUUUUUCGAAGAUAAAAACCUUGUUCAUGGGAACGUAUGUGCAAAAAACAUCUUGCUUAUCAGAGAAGAAGAUAGGAAAUCCGGGAACCUUCCUUUUAUCAAGCUCAGCGAUCCUGGUAUCAGCAUUACAGUUUUGCCGAAAGACAUUCUCCUUGAGAGAAUACCAUGGGUUCCACCUGAAUGUAUCGAAAAUCCAAAACAGCUGAGUUUGGCAACGGACAAGUGGAGUUUUGGAACCACUCUGUGGGAAAUCUGCAGUGGGGGAGACAAGCCUCUUAGUGCGCUGGAUUCUCAAAGAAAAUUACAGUUUUAUGAGGAUAGGCAUCAACUUCCUGCUCCUAAUUGGACAGAACUAGCAAAUCUUAUAAACAACUGCAUGGAUUAUGAGCCAGACUUCAGACCCUCUUUUAGAGCGGUUAUACGUGACCUUAACAGUUUGUUCGCUCCAGAUUACGAACUAUUGAAAGAAAGUGACAUGUUACCAAAUAUGAGAAUUGGAGCUCUUGGGUUUUCCGGGGCUUUCGAAGGCAGGGACCCGACUUAUUUUGAAGAGAGGCACCUGAAAUUUUUGCAGCAACUUGGCAAGGGGAAUUUUGGCAGUGUGGAGAUGUGCAGGUAUGACCCGCUGCAGGACAACACAGGGGAAGUGGUGGCUGUUAAAAAGCUUCAGCACAGCACUGAAGAACACCUGCGAGACUUCGAAAGAGAAAUCGAAAUUCUUAAAUCUCUGCAACAUGACAACAUUGUGAAGUACAAAGGCGUGUGCUACAGUGCCGGCCGGAGAAAUCUGAAAUUGAUAAUGGAGUACUUGCCCCACGGAAGUUUGCGAGACUAUCUCCAGAAGCACAAGGACAGGUUGGAUCAUAAGAAACUGCUGCAUUAUGCUUCUCAGAUAUGUAAGGGUAUGGAGUAUCUGGGUUCAAAAAGAUAUGUUCACAGAGAUCUAGCAACACGGAAUAUCUUGGUGGAGAAUGAAAACAGAGUUAAAAUUGGAGACUUUGGCUUGACAAAAGUUUUGCCUCAGGACAAAGAAUACUACAAAGUCAAGGAACCAGGAGAGAGUCCCAUAUUUUGGUAUGCUCCAGAAUCACUGACGGACAACAAGUUUUCCGUGGCUUCUGAUAUGUGGAGCUUUGGUGUGGUCCUCUAUGAACUCUUCACAUAUAUAGACAAGAACAAAAGCCCCCCAGCGGAGUUCAUGCGCAUGAUUGGGAAUGAUAAGCAGAACCAGAUGAUUGUGUUCCAUUUGAUAGAGCUGUUGAAGAAUAACGGGAGGCUGCUCAGACCUGACGGGUGCCCGGAUGAGGUCUAUGCCAUCAUGACGGAGUGCUGGAACAACAUCGCCAGCCUGAGACCCUCCUUCAGGGAUCUUGCUCUGAGAGUGGAUCUGAUAAGGGAGAGCAUGGGUGGGUGAACAUGCUGGAAUUCGCCCAAAGGGACAUGUCGACACGCACAGCAAAUGUGUCCUGUUCUUCGGGAGUUUGCAGAUCGUUGCUCAUCCCGCACCCAUUCGGAGACGGCAGCAAAAUCAUCCCACCCAACCUCGCGCAUGAUGGCGAAGGAUGCGGCUUAGUUUCUUCAUCGGGAAUACUAGCGCGAUGCAUUGAUGAAAAGCACUUUGAUAGCAAAGGAAUUGCUUUCUUCCCCUUCUUUUUUUUCUU